AGUGCUGUGUCACUGCACAGGCAAGCCCCAGAGUUGACAUCUCCCUGCCUAGCCAUGGGCCCCAACCUGCUCCUGCUGCUGCUCCUGACACUAGCAGGUCAGGGUUCAGUAGGCAGCCUCCCCGAGGUGCUGCAGGUGCCCGUGGGGGGCUCCAUUCUGGUGCAGUGCCACUACCGACUCCAGGAUGUCAAGGCUCGGAAAGUGUGGUGCCGGUUCUUGCUGGAGGGCUGCCAGCCCCUGGUGUCCUCGGCAGUGGAUCGCAGAGCCCCAGAAGGCACACGCAUGUUUCUCACUGACCUGGGUGGGGGCCUGCUCCAGGUGGAAAUGCUCGCCCUGCGUGAGGAGGAUGCAGGGGAGUACGGCUGUGUGGUGGAAGGGGCCGCAGGGCCCCAGACCUUGCAUCGCAUCGCUCUGGAAAUGCUCCCUCCAGCUCCUAGCCUGAAAGAAGAGGAGGUGGAGGAAACCUAUAAGACUGGCGUUCUGGUUGACAAGCACUUCUCAGACCCUGUGGGCAGUGCCAGUCCUCUGGAACCCAGCUGGGAUGAGAAGAGGGCUCCUGGCAAGCAGGCCCUGCAGGAUUCAGGGCUAAGCCAGCUGUCCCUCAGGAUCCUAUUGAUCUUGGGCGUUGUGCUCCUGCUGGGCUUGCUGGUCGUUGCAGUGGUGCUGUUUGCUGUGAUGGCCAAAAGGAAAGCCAGGAUCCGACUGACAUCAGCAAUGAUAUCCCUGGUUCCACGUCCUUUUCUGAAUCUUCUUGAAUUUCUGGAAGUUCCCUGUCGAGAUCCAGAUAGCAACUCCCCUUAUUCCCAACCCUUCAAACCAGUUCCCAGCUCACAGGAGGCACUCAGUGUCUGCUAAAUGAAGGAGGAAAUGAAUAAAGAAUUUGUCUAUCCUGGAUUGAUGGCUACUUCUAAUAGUGGAAAUCCCUGAAUAUGUCAGGAUCAGGUUCAUGAACAGAUCCAAAUAAAUUACAGAGCCUAAGACCCAGUAAAGAAAACCAUGACAGCACAAGAUGCCACAGUCCACUAGAAUCACAGUGACUGACAGACAUUUUCAGCUUUACCUAGCUGCCCUUAAGUAGCCUUUAUCCUCUAGAUUUGAUUCUUCUUCUGCAGCUACUUCCUCACAGAUCAAAACAGCAAAGACUGGGAAUGACAUUGAGAUUUAACCUACUACAGCUCAGAAGCACGGAUGGUGGGAUUGACGAGGAGGCUAAGAGAACUGUUAUAGGGAGGAUUUGUGCUAAGUGAAAGGGCUGGCUGGCUCUCUGAUGGUAAUAGUGUCAAAUAACAGCUAAGAAAACUGGGUCUGGCAGCACUGCUGCAGUGUACAACUCCAAGGGGCAACAUCACAUUAUACCAAAAAAAAAAACACCAAAUCUGGUGCUGUUGAGUUGAUAGCGUCUGUGAAUAGCACCCUCUGGAGUCGUGCCAUGUCUGGUCUGCAUGGCUGUGAACAGAGGUCAUGGAUCUGGGAAGCCCCUUCAGGAUUCAGGUGUGCUGAAAACAUCUUAAGUCUCUCUCAUGUAGACCGAUCAGGUUGUCUAUUCUAAAACUGACAAUGACCCCUCAAAAGCAAAGAGCCAUACAGGAAAUAUGAAUGACAGCACAAUUUCUUCACAAUACCAGACCAGGACAGUUAACUGUUAUUUUCUUCUUUCCCUUCUUAAAGUACAAAAAAUGUAGAUGCUAUACAGUUCAUCAGCCAAUGAUCAAUUGUUCCAAGUCACUGGCCCAUCUUCAUAGAGUCAUCAGAAUGUUACAGCUAGAAGAUCUACAUUAGGAACACAGAUAAAAUCCCUCAUUUUAGAUCUUCGCCACCACCAAUCCAUCACCUCCUCAUGUCCCCCUGACCAACACCAACAUCAACAUCAACAUCAACACCAACACCAACACCAACUUCCCUUCUAUCAAAGUGUAUAGAAGGAGAAGAUUUGAUUGGGUCUUGAUAGCUGUCUUCAAAUAUGGAAGAGGACGUAACUAUGAAAAAUGGAAGAAGCUGCAAAGAGGUAGAUUUCACCUUGAUGAAAGAAGAAACUUCCUAACAGCUGGAGACAGUGAAAUCAGCUGUUGUGUAAGGUAAGCUGUCCUAAUCA